AUGGAUUAUUCAUUUAUUUGUUCCUCAUCCAUUUAUCAAAUUUGUGCUUUACUUUAACUUGUUUCAACAAAAGUCUCCUUGAAUCUAAGGUAAGCAGAUUUGCUAAGUAACAUCAUGUAAUUUUAGUCUCUCCUUUUGUUCUUUUUUUUCCUGUGAGUUAUUUGUGAGGCAGGUACGGCUGUAAGAGGUGGAAAUAAGGGUUGUUUGGAGAUUUGUCUGUUCCCUCCAACUUCUUGACUCUGCCUCUUCAGUUUCCGAAUGAAAUUCCUUGAUGUGUUUGAUCACAGGUGUCAAUAAAGCUGCUGGACCUCUUUAAAGAUGUUUUGAAGACAUCAUUAAAGUGUUUGUUUCGUUCUGCUGCAAGGAUCUUGAUUGAAUGGAGUUAUAAAUAUAGCAGAUGCUUCGGAAAUCUGGAGUCAGGCAGACAUAUAACUUCUUGCUAAGUGGAGCUAGUUUUAAAUGAUUUAUACUUCAAAGCUGGACAAGUUAGCUUGGGAGAAGAUGCUGUUUUUGGACCACUUUUCUUGUCACUUGUUUCUUGUCAUUAGAUUUGGGGAUUGUGCCAAGGCAUUGCUGGUGGUAUUUCUCCAGUGCUUAAGAUGGAUACUCCGCAUAACUCCUUUGGGAGCUCCUCACAAUAUCUAUCUGUCUACAGGCCCCUGUGAACAAUCAUUUCUCUUUUCUCCUUCUAAAUCAUAAUUUCUGCUGAUUAGGUUCCCUUGAUUACUUGGAGUGCUCUGAGUAGGUCUGAGCACCACACCUUAAGAAGGAUAUAUUGCCUUAGAAGGAGUACAAUGUAGGUUUCCAAGAAUGAUACGUGGCAUUCAACAGUUAAGUUAGCUGAUCUCAAAACUCUGAGAACCUUGGUCUCGGCUCCACCCUCUGCAACUGGAUUCUCAGCUUUCUGACCCACAUACUGCAAUCAGUGAAGAUAGACAACUGUACCUCCUCCAUGAUAACAUCAACAUUGGAGCCCCCCCAAGGAUGCAUCCUCAGCCCCCUACUAUACUCCCCGUACACCCAUGACUAUGUUGCUAAAUUCUGAAUGAACACCAUCUACAAGUUUGCUGAUGGCAUCACCGUGAUAGGACAGAUAUCUAACAACGACAAGUCAGAAUACAGAAAGGAGAUAGAGGGCUUGGUGAUGUGGUUCAGUGAGAACGACCUCUCUCUCAACGUCGGCAAAACUAAAGAACUGGUAAUUGGCUUCAGCAAGAAAGGAGGAGGACACACCCCAUCUACAUUAACAGAGCUGAGGUUGAGAGGGUGGGGAGUGUCAAGUUUCUACAAGUGACGAUAACCAACAACCUGUCCUGGACUUCCAACGUAGAUGUGAUGGUCAAGAAGGCUCAACAAUGCCUCUUCUUCCUCAGGUGGCUCAGGAAAUUUGGCACGUCCAUUUGGACCCUCACCAACUUUUACCGAUGCACCACUGAAAGCAUACUGUCUGGGGGCAUAACAGCCUGGCAUGGGCUCUGCCCAGGACCAAAAGAAACUAUAGAAGGUUGCGUGCACAGAACAUCACGGAAACCAACUUUCCAUCCAUGAAUGUGAAGCUGGAAAAGGACAGCAGAUCAGACAGCAUCUGAGGGAGCAGGAAAGUCAAUGUUUCAGGCCGAAGGGUUUCAACCCGAAACAUUGACUUUCCUGCUCCUCGGAUGCUGUCUAACCUGCUGUACUUUUCCAGCUUUACAUCCAUUGACUGUGGCUUCCAGCAUCUGCAGUCCUUACUGUCUCCUUCCAUCCAUGGACCCCAUUUAUAUGGCUUGGAGCCGGGGAAAGGGUGCCAACAUCAUCAAAGAUCCAUUGCACCCCUGUAAUGUUCUCCUACAACCACUUCUGUCAGGCAGAAGAUACAGAAGCUUGAAAACACGCACCGGCAGGUUCAGGAACAGCUUCUUCCUGGCCAUUAUUAGACAGAUGAAAGUACUCUCUAACUUGAAAUAAUGCUGAUCUUGCCUAGCACACGGCCCAUAUGACGUAACUUGUAUGCCUCUAAGUUUUUUUUCACCCUAUGAUCUAUAUGUCCUUGCUUACUAUUAUCUGCCUGGACUGCUCAUAAACAGAGCUUUUCACUGUACUUUGGUACAUGUCACAAUAAGUCAAAUCAGAUAGGAGAGAUUAUACAAAUUAGGCCUGUUUUCUCUCAAAUUUAGAAGGUUGAGGAGUGAUCUGAUGGAAAUGGCAGAAUAGAAAGAGAUAAAUCAUUUUCGCUGGUUGGAGAUUCUUGUACUUGGGGUCACAGUAUAAAAAUUAGGGCCAGGCCAUUCAGGGGCACGUUCGGAAGCACUCCCACACACAAAGGCUAGUAGAGGUUUGCAACUCUUUCAUAAAUGGCAGUUGAUGCCAUGGCAGUUCUUAAUUUGUUCUAAACUUUUGUUAAGAAAAACUAUUAUGGGAUAUGGGACAAAGGCAGCUGAUCGUGCGAGGACACAGAUCAGCCAUGAUCUAAUUGUAUGGUGAAACAGGCUCUGGGGACUGAAUGGCCGACUCCAGUCCCUAAGGUUCUAACUGCGGAACCAUUAUAACCCAAAUGUCAGGAAAAUUAGCUGUUAUCUUGCAUGCCUGGAAAUCUGACUCCAAUUCGCGCGUAGACGAUCAAAACGGUGUAACAAGCCUGCCACCGACUGGCUGUUCAAGAAGGUAGCCCAUCACGCAGCGCGAGUUGGGAUGAGUGAUAAAUUCCACCGUCGCCAUCGAUGCCCACAUCUCAGGAAAGAUAUUUACAAACAGAAAUGCAGGCUAUGGAAAAGUAUGGGCCGGCAGCAUCUUUUCUUUAUAUCCUGCAUUUAUGUACCAUUUCCUUUUGAUGACUGGUCGCUGCUGCGCAAUUGCAGACACCUCUGGUUGCUAGGAGACAGCUUUGCCGCAAAAAACACGUAAGUGGGGUGGGCUGCUCUCGCGAUAAUAGAUUUUCACGGCGAUACGUCGGGAGGGGGGGCCUGCCCGACGUCCGAUCACGCAGUGACGUGCCUCGUGCGUUUUGUUCAGUAAUUCAGUCAUUUUUUUUGUCCGUCUCACCAAAUACGUUAAUCAUCACGAUAAAAAGAAAAGAUCACAGCCUGGCGCUGUUUUUUUUCUCUCUCUCCCUCCUCGUCACUACGAAACGUCCAUUUGUUCUGUUGGACGCGCGAGGCGUUCGGCCGUCCCGCCUUCUACAGUCCGGCCGUCCAAUGAUCAGGCUGCGCCGUCAGAUCGCCCCAUUCUGAUUGGACGGUCCUGCUGCCUAUCAAACAGUACGCGCCCGCACGACGUUUUCAGGUUUGAUUGAGCAGUGCGGCAUUUUUUUUUAUUUCUCCUCAUUCUUCCCCCCUCCUUCUUUCGUCUUCAAGUAAAUGUGCCGUUUGUCUUUAAAGGAGCAUAUAUUCUCCCAAAACUCGCGUUUCAACUUCUUUCUUGUUCCUAUUCCUCUCUGCGAGAGCGGGGAAAGGAAACCGAAAUUGAGAUCGAUCGAUUGCUUCUCUCUUCUCUCCCCCUCCCCUCCAUGAGGCCGUUGGGUACAACCUAACUCGCUACCGCCUCCUUGACCCGCACUCCACACCCUUCUGAUUGGCCCGCGCGGCGGGGACUGGUCGCUGAUUGGAAGACAAUUCUGUCGAUCACACACAGGUCGGUGUUUGGUCGCACGGUGCGGUGCGGCCUGGGUUCUGCUCCGGUUUGUUGUCAUGUUCGCUGGUGGACUUCCAAUGAGGGCCCUGACAUUCUGACGGUGCAGCAGUGACCGGGCCGUUCACCUUAGGAAGAUGAUCAUAGAGAAUCUGGACGCUUUCAGAUCUUGGUUGUCAAGGGCCUUGGACCCUAUCUGUGAUGCUGACCCAUCAGCUUUAGCUAAAUAUGUAGUGGCUUUAGUUAAGAAAGACAAGCCAGAAAAAGAGCUGAAGGCUUUGUGCGUUGAUCAACUGGACGUAUUUCUGCAAAAAGAAACUGUUGGAUUUGUGGACAAACUUUUUGAUGCUUUAAGCACAAAGAACUACGUGCCACGACCAGAACAGCUUGUCCAGGAAACUAUAAAGCAGGACAUGCAACCUACAUGGCAAGAGAGGGAGGACAAGAAAGAGGUUCCCUUGUAUGAUGAAGAACAAGAUGGCAGAAAAUCUUUGUUAAAGAAGAGUCAUAGUCCCUUUAAACCAGUUUUGGGGCCUGUCGAUACAAGAACUCGUGAUGAGAAAAAACGUGAAGAACGACGACGUAGGGACUUUGAAAGAUAUCCUCAUCCUAGAGAUCUUUAUCGAGAGCGGUAUGACCGCCGUAGGGGCAGAAGCUAUAGCCACAGUCCAACAAAGAGCGCAAGUCGAAGUCGCAGUCGCAGCCGAGACAGGACUCGAGAUCUUGGGCGCAGCAACAGCACAAGUAGAGAGCAACAUAAAGACAGAUCCAAGUUUGAGUUGGAAAGAAAUGAGGGCUCAGAGAACAUUUAUGUUCCAAGUUGCACAUCAUCGAACAGUUCAACUGAACAAUAUUUUUCUGGAGCACAUGCUGCUCCGAGUGCAGUAACUGUGGUAGCUCCUGCCCACCAUUCUGACAACACUACAGAGAGCUGGUCUAAUUUCUAUAACAAUCACACAGGCACAAAUUCCUUUGGUAGAAAUGCAGCCCCAAAGCGUCGAUGCAGAGACUAUGAUGAGAAAGGUUUCUGUAUGCGUGGUGACCUCUGCCUCUUUGACCAUGGGAAUGACCCAUUAAUCGUGGAAGAUGUGACUCUUCCUGGAAUGAUUCCUUUUCCGCCGCCACCUCCAGGCUUACCUCCCCCAGGACAUCAGUUGCCUCCACCAGGGCAUCACUUACCUCCACCCUUACCAGGUCUUCCUCCAAACCUGAGGUUGCCCCCAUUACCGCCACCUGGACAGCCACCACCACCUGGCAUCCAUCCUGUAUCUGGACCACAUCCAAUCCCAAAAAGUGGUGUAGACAACAUUGAAGUCUCUGGGACCAGUACAGUACCUACCAUGCCACCUCCGGGAUUGAGGCCGCCACCUUUACCUCAGUAUCCACCAUAUGUGACUUCAGAAUAUAACUAUGAGCCUGAUGGCUAUAAUCCUGAAGCUCCCAGUAUUACUGGUGGUGCCAGGCCUCCAUAUCGACACUACAUCCCACGAAUUCAGACUGAGCGCCCAAAUCUGAUUGGCUUAACUUCCAGCACCAUGGAUGGCCCAUCACGAGUGCCUGUGAAGGUAAACCAAGCGGAGAUCUGUGCAGCUACAACAACAAGCAACAAUGUUUCACGUGAAGUUAUUGAACCAGAAUCUAGGAAAAGAACUGUUGUAACUGUGGAUGGACCACCUACAAAAAAACCGUGGAUAGAAAAGCAAAACUUCAAUCAUCAAAGCAAACAAGGAUUUCAGAAGAAGACUCCACACACCUAUGAUAACACCAAGCUAGAGGUCCGCAAAAUCCCAAGGGAAAUGAACACCAUUACCCAGCUCAAUGAACAUUUCAGUAAAUUUGGUACUAUUGUCAACAUUCAGGUUGCGUUUAGUGGUGAUCCUGAAGCAGCUCUUAUUCAGUACUCUCAGAACGAGGAAGCAAAACGGGCUAUUUCCAGUACUGCAGCAGUAUUGAAUAACAGAUUUAUUAGAGUUUACUGGCACAGAGAGAACAAUGGAGUUCAGCAGCAACCACAACAUCAGCAAGUACAGGCACAGCAGUUAGCAGUGUCACAACAUAGCACUGUUCAUAAGAUAUUAAACCGAAACCAAAGCCCAGGAUCUUUUGUACUAACAAAUGCAACAGUAAAGCAACGACUUGGGUCCCUGGUUGGAAAUCCGCCUGAUGGAAUGCAAACCAGUUCAAGCCAGUUUGGAGCUGGCGGAGAAGCUUCACAGGGACCUCCUACCUCCACAAGCCUGGUAAAGCCAGGGUAUGGUUCUGCAGUCACAAAGACAAAUCAUAAAUCUUCUGUUACAUCCAGUAAGGCACUUGAAGCAAAAGAAGCUCUCAAGAAAAAACAGGAAGCUUUAAAGUUACAGCAAGAUAUGAGGAAAAAGAAACAAGAGAUGUUAGAAAAACAAAUUGAGUGCCAGAAGGUAUUAAUUUGCAAACUGGAAAAAAACAAAAGUAUGAAAGCGGAUGAAAGAGCUAAAAUAAUGAAAACCAUUAAAGACUUGACGGAAAGAAUAUCUCAGUUGCGUGAUGAACUCAAAGCAACAUCAGCAUCAUCGUCGUCGGCUCCAUCACAACUAAAAUCCAAAUCUGAUGCACAGAAGGAAUUACUGGAUGCAGAACUGGAUUUCCACAAGAAGCUGAAUUCAGGGGAGGACACAACAGACUUGCGUAAAAAGUUGAAUCAGCUCCAAGUGGAGGCUGCAAGACUGGGCAUUCUUCCUGCAGGACGUGGUAAGACUAUGCAAACACGAGGCCGAGGUCGAGGCAGGAGCGUGAGGGGAAGAGGCGCGCAGAUGCACAUGGUGGUUGAUCACAGGCCCAAAACUUUAACAGUAUUCGGCUUCACACAGGAGGAAAAGGAUGAAUUAAUGCCACAUUUCUCAAAGUUUGGAGAAGUGGAAGAUUUUCAAGAGGAUACUCCGUUAAAUGUUAGAGUUGCAUUCAAAUCAAGAAUUGAAGCAGAAAAUGCUGCCAACCAGGGUGCAAAGUUCAAAGGCAGAAACCUUCAGAUCUCCUGGUACAAGCCAAAAGCACCUUCAGUAUCAACAGAACCGGAGGAGGAGGAUACAAAGGAAGAGGCAUCAGAACCUGUGGAUCCUUUCUUUCGUGAAGAUGACGAUGAUGAAGAAGAUGAUGAUGAAUCUCGCUCCUGGAGACGAUGAUGGGAUUUAGAACAUUCACUCUAUCGUCGUGAACUUUUGUGGAUUUUUUUGUGUUUAAAUAUAUUUACUAAUUUUACAGAAACAUUUUUAUUGUAUUUAAAGAAAAAAAAUGGGUUUGCAACAUUUUUGUGAAAAUGACAAAAAGCUUAGUAUUUUGCUUUCAAUGCUUUUAGGAUAUGUGCCCCAAAGGAGGAAAAUCACAGAAUGUUUCAGGAAAUAAAAUGGGAGAUAGGGAAUAACCAGAUGUACAUUCUGCUUGUAGCAGAGGUUCUUGUAUGAAUGUAUAUUAAAAUUGUGUAAAUACUUUGCCUUUUUUGAUGAAAAGAAAGACCAUUUAAGCUUGUAAGUAAAUUUUUGAUAGUCUUUUUUUCCUCCUUUCAAAAAAAGAUUAAGUCACCAGAAUACAUCUUGCAAGGAAAGUGAGCUUGUAGCAAGUAUUGAGUUCUACAUUUCAAAAGAAGAUCUGGUUGGAAAGGCAAUAGAGUGGUUGCUAUAUUAUUUGGGGGAUUCAAUGUAAUGCAAAUCGUAAGGAACUUCCAUGUUUCUCCUCAGUAGUUUUGGUGGGCCAGAUAGUGAUUUUUUUGGUAAGCAUAUGAAAAGAGAAUGCUGUAGAACCAAGAGACUACUGUUAACCAAUAUGAAAUUUAAUUGGAUUGAAUAUAGUAAUCGUUGAUGAGGUAUAUAAAUGGUAAAUGUUUACAAAAGUGAAAUGCAUUUAAAGCUGCAGUGCCCAACUAAUCAAAAUUUCGAUACUAGACUAAAUUUAUUAAUUUACUAUUUAUUGAAACCAAUUUUUGUUUACAAGUUGAGAUUUCUAUGCAUGCUCAUUGCUUAAGUUUUCUAUGGUUUCUGUUGACUCUGUUAUUGAUCUAUUUUUACAUUUGGUACACUCUGCUGUCAUCCUAUGACAGUUAAAGUAUUAAAAUGCUAAUGAAUACAUCACGUUUGAUAUCCCACUUCUGUGGAUUCGUAUAUUCAACCUCAUCUCUUCCCUCGACUCAAAAUGUUAAUUUUGGUAAAAGAGCAAGAUUGCUCUUUAUAUUUCAGUCAUUUAAUUAAUAGAUCAAAGAAUAUAAGUAUUGCUUAUAUCUGACAAUAUAGAUGCAAUGAAUGGAAAUGUUUCGUAUACAGAAGCAAUUUUCAUUAUCAAAGAAUCUCUUAAUGACCAAUCCCUAAUUCUAUCCUGUGAUUCAGUCUAGAAAGUGUAGACAUUUAGACAUCAGCUAAGGACAGGUUGAACAGACUUCACAUAUCAAGUUCUAUGACAAGUAAGAAAGUACAGUUACUUCUUCCUUAUUGUAUCUGGGUAAGCAGUAAAGUUGAGUUGCUAUGAUGAGUUUUACAAGUAAAAUAGCUCAGUAUGCUCUUAUAAGUCAUUAUCUAUCAUGUGGAGUACUUCAUCCACAAUAACAGUCCCAAUGCAGAUGCACCUAGUAACUCCCAGUCAACAUAUACCAUAAUACAUUCCUUUGUUUUCUUGCUUCUAUAACCUGUUAGUUGCAAAAUUGGACCUGCAAAUAUCUGCAUCCAGAGUAAAAUAUUAAAUUCUCAUAGAUCAUCAUGGAGGUAUACUUUCAUGUAUUUUUACUUCUAGUAGAGUACCUUGUAAAAUGUUGACUGUUUCUAAUUUCACUGAAUAUGAUAGGCUUAGAAACAAGUCAUUAAGUUUACACAGAAUAUCUCGGACCCUGUUAAUAUGCCUGUUGAAGGCAACAAACUGGAGAUUACAAAUAAAUUAAUAAACGGAAAUACAAAAUAUCAAUGUAAAACACUUCAGGAUUUUAAUAUCCUUAAAUAAAUAUGCACUUAAUGAGUACACAUUUAACUACAUACUAAUCUUCAUUUUCAAUUUGCAAGGAAAUGCAGCUUUAAAUGAAAUAUCAACAGAGCUUACUGCAAAUAUAAAAGACAAAGAAACUGGUGAAAUACAGUUAUGGAAAACAUAUAGCUGUAUUAAAUGUGGACUAUUUGCAGUUACCAAAAGAAAAUCUUAAUUAUACCAUUUGUACCUUAACUCAGCUCAAUGUCAUAAUGUUUCUGGAUUGUGGGAGAUUCCAGUGUACGGGGUUAAUAUCUUUUGGCAUCUUGAAAACCCUGAAUUUUUAAUAUCUGUACAGUUUCUUUCAUAAAAGAGAGAGCUACUGUUGACUGGAAUAUUUUAAACGUAGUUUUGAUCACUAUUUCAUAAGAAUACAUUUAGUUGUGAAGAACUUGAAACAGUGCCAUCUUGUGAUUGAAAAAAAUAACCUACUUACCAUUGUUGUUCUACCACAAUCCACAUCAGAUAUAUAUUAAGUAACUUCAUAAAUCCCUGAAGAAAGCAACCACUUUAUGUAGAUAUUCGUUAAUGACAGUAAUGGUCUGAUAGUAGAAUCCUCAAUAACAUUCAUUUAAAAACAUUGCAGCACCUUGAAAAACUGUCCUUGGGACACAUGCAGUUGCUCCUGUAAGUUUGAAAAUGUAAUUGGUAUACUGUAAAUCAUAUGGCAUAGCUGACAUAAAAAGUAAUCAGAUAUCGAUUAACAAUUUUUCCUUCCUCUUUUCAUCAGAGUGAAUAGUACCAGAGAGUAUUUUCAGACAGGAAUUUAUUUUUGGUAUCAGAAAAUUGUUUAAAUAAAUGAUGGGAGUAAAUGCAUGUUUUUAUGUUGUACAGUAUCAUUUGAGCCCCUUGGGACAGUGGUUUAUAAAUUACUGUACCUACCUUACUGGAUGUCAUUGCUUGUACACUGUUUAUUUUACCAUAAGUUAGAUAAUUCAAGCAACCGUCAAUCACUUCCUAAUAAUUUGUAUAAGACACAUAAUCUGGAAUACGAGAGUUCAAGUUUAGCCAUCUUAAUCCAACUGGGAUCAAUUUUGGCUGUAACCCUUUGACAUGUUAACCGGUAAUGCGCCCUGUUGAGUUUGUCAUUUAAAUUUUUUGUCAACUAUUCUGAAGGAUUUCUAUAACCAUUUUUCAUACUAUUUUUGUUAUAUUUUAUUUUGUGCUGUUUGCUCCUUUGAUAUUAAGAAGCUAUUGUUUAUUUGCUUUAAAGUCCUGCAUCAUUCAUUUAGAAUGCAGUUGGAAAGCCCGUGAAUAGAAGGCUGCAAUUGUGUCUCUUCAAAUUUUAUGUACAGCAUUUGCCAGUGUGGAGGGAGGAGGGAAAGAGUGAAGCUGUAGUCUGACGUCAUUGCCAUGUAAUCUUCAAGGGAAAUAUCUAUCUGGAUUCAACAAAAAAAUUGCAUAGUGUGAAAGGAAACUCAUUACAGUUUUCUGAAGCUGUUAAAAUGGUUAUUGUAGAUCUUUUUUGUGGGGAAGAACAGUCAGAUAUUAUAUGAUCUUUUUUCUUUUGUAAGUAAAUACUUGUAUAAUAGAAUUUGUUCAGAAUUGUGGACAUGUAGAACAUCAAUGUAUUUUUAGGUUGUUUAUGCUAAAAUGUGAAUUUAGUGCAAGUUUCUUGCACUCUUCAGUAAAAUGUUACUUCUUUGGGUGAUAUUGUUGCUGAAUUUGUAACAGUUUAUACGUUCAAAUUUAUGUCUUUAUUUCUGUUUUACUGAUUGUAUCUGAAUUUCUAAUAGAGGCAUGUUCACAUUUGAAAUAAAGUCUCGCAGUGGAAUGGUUUGAAAUAUGACAUUAAAAGAUGCAAAUUAUACAUACAUGGAUAUAGAGGGGAAAAAAAUGAAAAAAUAUUCAAGAGUAAUUAAAAUGAAAGAAGUUUAAAAGAAUGAAUUAAAAAUGGAAAAAACUUUUGAAAAAAGAUUUAAAAAAAAUUAGUCAUCUUAAAAAAAAAAACCAUUCCAAAAAAAAGUAACAAAUUUCAUAAAAGAGCUACAACCAUUUGCACCAUUCUCUGUAUUUGCUAAUUAUGUUUUGUUUCAGCUGGAGAGUAGCUUGUUCUUUGCCAGAAACUGUAAGUAUAAAAUUUGCCAUAUGAAUAUGUCCCAUAGCCAAUUGGAUACAAAAUUGGCUUGAUUGUACAAGACAGAGGGUGGUGGUAGAGGGUUGUUUUUGGACUGGAAGCUAGUGACCAGUAGUGUGCAACAAUGAUUGGGGCUAUGUCCACUGCUUUUCAUCAUUUAUAUAAAUUCUGUGGAUGUGAAUCUCGGAAGCAUAGUAAGUUUACAGAUGACACCAAAAUUGGUGCUUUGGUGACAGUGAAGAAGAUUAUCUCGGAGUACAACAGGACCUUGAUCAGAUGGGUCAACAGGCCGAGGAGUGUCAGAUGGCGUUUAGUUUAGAUAAGUGUGAGGUAUUGCAUUUUGGUAAGGCAAACCAGGCCAGGACUUAUACAGUUAAUUGUAGGGUCCUGAGAAGUGUUGCCGCACAAAGAGACCUGCGGAUGCAGGUGGGUUCCUUGAAAGUGGACUGCAGGUAGACAGGGUGGUGAAGAAGACAUUUGGCAUGCUUGCCUUCAUUGGUCGAUGUGUUGGAUAUGGGAGUUGGGCCAUCAUGUUGCGGCUAAAAGUGGUGAGGCCACUUUUAGAAAACUACGUUCAGUUCUGGUCUCCCUGCUGUAGGAAUAGUUGUGAAACUUGAAAGGGUUCAGAAAAGAUUCACAGGGAUGUUGCCAGGGUUGGAGGGUUUGACUUGUAGGGAGAGGCUUAAUAGGUUGGGCCUUUCUUCCCUGGAGCAUUGGAAGCCGAGGGCUGAUCUUAUAGACGUUCAUGAAAUUGAGGGGCAUGGAUAGGGUGAAUAGCCAAGGUCCUUUUUCCCCAGAGUGGAGGAGUCCAAAACUAGAGGGCACAGGUUUAAGGUGAGGGGGGAAAGAUUUAAAAGGGGCCUAAAGGGCAACAUUUUCACGCAGAGUGUGGUGCAUGUAUAGAAUCAGUUGCCAGAGGAGAUAGUGGAGGUGGGUACAAUUACAACAUUUAAAAGGCUUUUGGACAGGUACGUGAACAGGAAUGUUUAGAGAUAUAUGAGCCCAUGCUGGCAAAUGGGACUAGCUCAGUUUAGGAGAUCUAGUCCACGUGGACUGAAGGGUCUGUUUCUGUGCAGUAUAACUAUGACUGUAUGUUGAGGCACUAAAUUUAGAAAUGCUAUUGUAUAUAUUCAGAGUGACCUAACAUGAAGAAAUUGUAGUUAAAGUCCUUGGUUAUGAGUUUCUAACUAACUCCAAAAGAAAAGUCCAUGAAAACUAACAGUUGAAAUUCUGAGGCCAAAAAAAUACGUGGCAAGUUUCUUAGCAUCUAUGAAGAAAAAUAAUAGAAUUUUUUUUUUCCAAAUUAAUCUUUCAUCAGAAUCGUGUAACAAGGAGUCUGCUGGAGGUCAACUGGUUAACUGCUCUUUUGUCUCUCAAAAUGUAGAUAUAUCUGCUGUGCAAUUCCAGCAGUUUGUGGUCUUAUUUCAGUUUACCAUGGCCUAGUCCAUACUAAUAAAGCCAUCCCACCAGUUGGCAGACUUGCUAUUUUUAAUCUUUUUUCUGACCUGUCAUUAUCUUUUGAUGUGCUUAUUAACUAGGGAUCUGUUGUGCUGUUAACAUUCAAGAGGAAUAGAUCUUGUCCCUGUGCAGUUUUAUUUUAUAGCUAAGUGAUUGUUCUGUUUCUGCUUUUAUAGGAUUAGGCAAAAUGAUAGGCACCUAACUCUGAUCAUUAAUUGUUUCUGAGCUCUUGAUUGUCCUGAUCCUAUAGUUCAUACAACAGAUAUCUGAGUUCUUGCAGAAGGUUACCAACCUGAAGUAUUAACUUAUUUUCUCUCUCUCUUCACAGAAGCUGUCAGAUCUGAUGAGUAUUUUCUGUUUUAGUAACUGAAUAUUUAUAUUUUUCACUGUUAUCCACUGGAGUUUGUUAAAUCAUCAGGAGAUGUAACAAAGUUCUGAAUCAUCGAAGAAUAUAUGUUUUCAUACACUUAUCAAAUGUCAUCCUGAAGUAAACUACAAAAGAACAUUGAAACAGUGAUAUUAAAGAAGGCAUCAACUUGUACUUACGGACCAGGACGUGAGAGAAAGCAGCUUGGUGCCCACCUACUUGUAGGAGCUUAGACAGCUGGAGUUGCUGCCUGACCUGAUGAGUAUUUCCUGGAUUUUAUCUUACUAUUUCAACUGGAGAAGUUGCUUUUGUAUAAAGUACGUCAAACCGAAUAGGGCAGGACUUGACAUUUAGGUCGUCAAGCUCAUAAUGAGUGUAAUUGAUGUUGAUCAUGGAUGCUGCCCAGUCCACAUGCUGAGGACAAUAUGAAGGCAACAUAUUUAAUAUUUUCUGUGGACUUGUGUUUGGAAGAUUAUGGAUACCUGGAUUUUUAAAGAGAUUAAUAAAGGACUGUGGAACAUCU